AGUAGCCCGCCUGGGCCCGGACAAAAGCCGGAUCCCGGGCGUCCGCCAGUCGCUGGAGCGCUCCGGGGAGUGGCUGCCGACUGGGCCCUGUGGUGGGAGAGCCGCGCGCCGACUUGGGCCGAGAGGUAGAGCAGGUCCCUCAGCAGCUAUGUCUGCCAAGGCCAUUUCGGAGCAGACGGGCAAAGAACUCCUUUACAAGUACAUCUGCACCACCUCAGCCAUCCAGAACCGGUUCAAGUAUGCCCGGGUCACCCCUGACACUGACUGGGCUCGCCUGCUGCAGGACCACCCCUGGCUGCUCAGCCAGAGCUUGGUAGUCAAGCCAGACCAGCUGAUCAAACGGCGGGGAAAGCUUGGCCUAGUCGGGGUCAACCUCACUCUGGAUGGAGUCAAGUCCUGGCUGAAGCCACGGCUGGGACAGGAGGCCACGGUUGGCAAGGCCAGAGGCUUCCUGAAGAACUUUCUGAUUGAACCCUUCGUCCCCCAUAGUCAGGCGGAAGAGUUCUAUGUGUGCAUCUAUGCUACCCGAGAAGGAGAUUACGUCCUCUUCCACCAUGAGGGUGGAGUGGACGUGGGUGACGUGGACGCCAAAGCCCAGAAGCUGCUUGUUGGCGUGGAUGAGAAGCUGAAUCUUGAGGAUAUCAAGAAACACCUGUUGGUCUAUGCCCCUGAGGACAAGAAAGAAAUUCUAGCCAGCUUUAUCUCUGGCCUCUUCAAUUUCUACGAGGAUCUGUACUUCACCUACCUCGAGAUCAACCCCCUUGUUGUAACCAAAGAUGGCGUCUAUGUCCUUGACUUGGCGGCCAAGGUGGACGCCACAGCUGACUAUAUCUGCAAAGUGAAGUGGGGCGACAUUGAGUUCCCUCCACCCUUUGGGCGUGAGGCAUAUCCGGAGGAAGCCUACAUUGCAGACCUGGAUGCCAAAAGUGGGGCAAGCUUGAAGCUGACCUUGCUGAACCCUAAGGGGAGGAUCUGGACCAUGGUGGCUGGGGGUGGUGCCUCCGUCGUCUACAGCGAUACCAUCUGCGAUCUAGGGGGUGUCAACGAGCUGGCGAACUAUGGGGAGUACUCAGGCGCCCCCAGUGAGCAGCAGACCUAUGACUACGCCAAGACCAUCCUCUCCCUCAUGACCCGAGAGAAGCACCCAGAUGGCAAAAUACUCAUCAUCGGGGGCAGCAUUGCGAACUUCACCAACGUGGCUGCCACCUUUAAGGGCAUCGUGAGAGCCAUUCGAGAUUACCAGGGUCCCCUGAAGGAACACGAGGUCACGAUCUUUGUCCGAAGAGGUGGCCCUAACUAUCAGGAGGGCUUACGGGUGAUGGGAGAAGUUGGAAAGACCACUGGCAUCCCCAUCCACGUCUUUGGCACAGAGACACACAUGACGGCCAUUGUGGGCAUGGCCCUGGGUCACCGGCCCAUCCCCAACCAGCCACCUACUGCGGCCCACACUGCCAACUUCCUCCUCAACGCCAGCGGGAGCACGUCGACUCCGGCCCCCAGCAGGACAGCAUCUUUUUCUGAGUCCAGGGCUGAUGAGGUAGCUCCUGCAAAGAAAGCCAAGCCUGCCAUACCUCAAGAUUCAGUCCCAAGUUCAAGAUCCCUGCAAGGAAAGAAUGCCACCCUCUUCAGCCGCCACACCAAGGCUAUUGUGUGGGGCAUGCAGACCCGGGCUGUGCAAGGCAUGCUGGACUUUGACUACGUGUGCUCCCGAGAUGAGCCCUCGGUGGCCGCCAUGGUGUACCCCUUCACAGGGGACCACAAGCAGAAGUUUUACUGGGGACACAAGGAGAUCCUGAUCCCUGUCUUCAAAAACAUGGCAGAUGCCAUGAAGAAGCACCCAGAGGUAGAUGUGCUGAUCAACUUUGCCUCGCUCCGCUCUGCUUACGACAGUACCAUUGAGACCAUGAGUUACGCACAGAUCCGGACCAUUGCCAUCAUCGCGGAAGGCAUUCCUGAGGCUCUGACGCGGAAGCUGAUUAAGAAGGCCGACCAGAAGGGAGUGACCAUCAUUGGGCCUGCCACGGUUGGGGGCAUCAAGCCAGGAUGCUUUAAGAUUGGGAAUACAGGAGGGAUGUUGGACAACAUUCUGGCCUCCAAGCUCUACCGCCCAGGCAGUGUGGCCUAUGUUUCCCGUUCCGGAGGCAUGUCCAAUGAGCUCAACAAUAUCAUCUCCAGGACCACAGAUGGUGUCUACGAGGGUGUGGCCAUUGGUGGAGACAGGUACCCUGGCUCCACAUUCAUGGAUCAUGUACUGCGUUACCAGGACACUCCUGGAGUCAAGAUGAUUGUGGUUCUUGGAGAGAUAGGGGGCACUGAGGAAUAUAAGAUCUGCCGGGGCAUCAAGGAGGGCCGCCUCACCAAGCCAGUGGUCUGCUGGUGCAUUGGGACCUGUGCCACCAUGUUCUCUUCUGAGGUCCAGUUUGGUCAUGCUGGAGCUUGUGCCAACCAGGCUUCUGAAACUGCAGUAGCCAAGAAUCAGGCUUUGAAGGAAGCAGGGUUUGUGCCCCGGAGCUUUGAUGAGCUUGGAGAAAUCAUCCAGUCUGUAUACGAAGAUCUUGUGACCAAAGGAGUGAUUGUACCCGCCCAGGAGGUGCCCCCAACGGUGCCCAUGGACUACUCCUGGGCCAGGGAGCUGGGUUUGAUCCGAAAACCUGCCUCAUUUAUGACCAGCAUCUGUGACGAGCGAGGACAGGAGCUGAUCUAUGCAGGCAUGCCCAUCACCGAAGUCUUCAAGGAAGAGAUGGGCAUCGGCGGGGUGCUGGGCCUCCUCUGGUUCCAGAGAAGGUUGCCUAAGUACUCUUGCCAGUUCAUUGAGAUGUGCCUAAUGGUGACGGCUGAUCAUGGCCCAGCUGUCUCUGGUGCCCACAACACCAUCAUCUGUGCUCGGGCUGGGAAAGACCUGGUCUCCAGCCUCACCUCGGGGCUGCUCACUAUUGGGGAUCGGUUUGGGGGUGCCUUGGAUGCAGCUGCCAAGAUGUUCAGUAAGGCCUUUGACAGUGGCAUUAUCCCCAUGGAAUUUGUGAACAAGAUGAAGAAGGAAGGAAAACUGAUCAUGGGCAUUGGCCACCGAGUAAAAUCCAUAAACAAUCCAGACAUGCGAGUACAGAUCCUGAAAGACUAUGUCAAACAGCAUUUCCCUGCCACUCCACUGCUUGAUUAUGCCCUAGAAGUAGAGAAGAUCACCACUUCUAAGAAGCCGAAUCUUAUUCUAAAUGUAGAUGGCUUCAUCGGUGUUGCCUUUGUGGACAUGCUUCGCAACUGUGGGUCCUUUACUCGGGAGGAAGCCGAUGAAUAUAUUGACAUUGGAGCCCUCAAUGGUAUCUUUGUGCUGGGAAGAAGUAUGGGCUUCAUUGGACAUUACCUUGAUCAGAAGCUGAAACAAGGGCUUUAUCGUCAUCCAUGGGAUGAUAUUUCUUAUGUUCUUCCGGAACACAUGAGCAUGUAAUGAAGCCAGGAAGCCUACUGCAGUAAAGAGAAGACAAGAACUCCUCGAGAAAUAGCAUACACAUUAUGGAGCCUACUAUAGGAUGGGUUAGGAACAUAAACUGCCAUUGGUGUGGGACACCAAAGACCAACACCCACAGGCUAACAUUCAUUCAAAGCUUAGUAUUGUUUUAUAAGCAUAGAAAUAAAACCAAGCCAAUACUUGUGACAUUCGCUCUGCUACCUGCUGUAUUUAUUACAUGGACGCCUCUUAAGCACGGUCAGAAUAGUGGUCUUCUUUGUAGGGUGUUACGAUGUUUUCUUUUUACUACUUGUUGAACUUUUUUUCUCCCUUGGAGGAAGGGAAUGAAACUUUUAAGGUCUUAAUUACUCCCUAUGUCUACUUCUCUGAAUGUCUUAUUUUUUGCUUCCCUUUCUUCCUCCUCAGACAACAUGAAGAACAUUGUAUUAAUCUGAUUUGUAAGAAUUUUUUUUUGGUAAGGUGUAUGUCAAGGGUUUGUUUAGGAUCCCACUGGAAUGUUCUGUGUUACAGAUUAAAGUCUGGCUGUGUCAGGGGGUGGGACCAUUGCAUCCUUAGCCAUCGUCACAAAUAUGUGGAGUAG